AUGCCAGGCAUCGUCGAGACUCCCACGGCUACCAGCGCGGCGCCAGCCUGGUCGUCUCGAGACUUCACCGUCGCUCAUCAGAAACUCGAAUUAGAGGUGGACCUUGCAACGAAAAGUUUGAAGGGGAAGACCGAAAUCACCAUUCACCCGCAUCACAGAGAGUUCCGGGUUAUCAAGCUCAAUUUUCGCCAGGGGCAAAUCAAGCGAUUGAAUAUCAAUGGCAAAGCAGCGACCGCACUCAAGUACACGGAUACCCAUUCGGCUCUGAAUCUCUACGGCGUGCAAUACCACCAACGGCUCUCUGACAGAAUCGAAAGCUUGCUCAAUCCGCAGACAGAGCCCGAGCUUAUCAUCACAAUACCGAAAACUCUAAAGAUUGAAGAGCUAGAUCCAUUUUCUUCGGAUGCCCAAGAUCGACUGGCUCUCCGAUCUUCGAUUACAAACGCAGAUGACGCCGACGGACCGAGCUUGAAACCAGCGGAAGCUUCCUUACCCCGAUACACUGCGCUCACGGUUUAUAUCGAAUUUACGGUGGAUAACAUUCGAGAAGGAUUGCAAUUUGUUGGAGUCGACAGUGGAGAUAGGCGGUAUCCGCAUGCUUACACGACCAAUUCCACUGGGCCAGGUGCUGGUAGCUGUCUGUUCCCGUGUGUCGAUGAUCCAUUAGUACGAUGCCCGUGGGAUGUCACCAUCAAGUGCCCUUGCUCGUUGAAUGCAGUGUUUGAACGCAAAGGGUUGGAAACAUCAAAGAGUCCUGCAGCAAACAAGAAUCGGCCGGGUACACUUUCUGAUGAUGACAGUACCUUAGAUAUGACCGUUGUGUGCUCAGGUGAUAUGACUGAUGAGAUUGUUGACCCGAAGGACUCCUCCAAAAAGAGUGUUUCUUUUUCGAGCAUCUCGAACAUCUCUGCUCAACAGAUCGGAUUCGCCGUAGGGCCCUUCGAACAUGUCAAUCUAUCGCAGUUUCGCGAGAGUGACCAGGAUGAUCAGCUCGGCGACAAUGCGGUUCCCGUCCAUGCGUAUUGCCUUCCGGGAAGGGCAAAUGAAGUCAAAAACACCUGUUUUCCAAUGGCAAAAGCUAUUGACUACUUUUCCGUGACAUACGGCUCGUAUCCAUACUCCGGCUACAAUCUCUGUUUUGUGGACGAUGCAGCUUGCGACACAGUAUCAACGGCAUCUCUUUCAAUAUGUAGCAACCGCCUGCUAUUUCCAGAGAACAUUAUCGACCCCAUGUAUGACUCGACAAGAAGUCUUGUCUAUGCCCUAGCUUCUCAGUGGAUCGGCGUUAGUCUCAUUCCAAGAGAAAUAACAGAUACUUGGGUCACAGUCGGCAUGGCCUAUUACAUCACUGAUACAUUUAUGAAAAAGCUGUGCGGGAAUAAUGAAUAUCGUUUUCGCAUCAAACAAAUGUCUGAUCGGGUCUGUGAACUCGAUUUCGAACGACCUUCCAUCCAUGACAUGGGUGUUAUCUUGAAGCUGGAUCCAUCCGAAAUGGAGUUUGUUGCCUUGAAAGCCCCGCUUGUGCUCUUCAUCCUUGAGCGGCGUCUCGUCAAAGCAAGCGGAAAGCCAACUGUAUCGCGAAUCAUAAGUCGUCUCCUGCUCAAUAACCGUAUGGGCGACUUGACACAUGGAGCUGUCAGCACAACUUCAUUUAUCAAAUUGUGUGAAAAGUUUGGACAUUGCAAAUUGGACGUUUUCUUUCAGCAGUGGGUCUUCGGCGCCGGUUGUCCUCGAUUCACGGCUUCUCAACGUUUUAACAAGAAGAAAUUGGUCGUGGAAAUCAUGAUCAAACAGUCGCAAGGAGAUCCGCAGCCGCCUAAAAACCUAGAAAAGUCAUCAUUUCUACGAGAUAUGAAGGAAGAAAUUCGCAGCAUUUAUGCAGCGCCCAUUCAACCUGUCUUUACCGGGUCGAUGACGAUACGAAUUCACGAGGCUGAUGGCACCCCAUACGAACACAUCGUCGAAAUAAAAGAGGCUAUCACUAAGUUUGAAGUGCCAUACAACACCAAAUACAAGAGGCUUAAACGGAAUAAAAGGCAAAAAGAACGCGUGACGCAUACUGCCGGGGGUGACUCGACUGCCGAAACGCAAGAUGACGUUCUUCUUUACUGUCUUGGCGAUGUCCUUCAGACUGAGGAGGAUAUGCAAGAAUGGAGGUUGUCAGAUUGGAGCAAAGAGGAGGAAGAACGGAUGGGGCAAGAGUCCUAUGAGUGGAUCAGGAUGGAUGCCGACUUUGAAUGGAUAUGCAAGAUGUCCUUGGGUAUGCCAGGCUACAUGUAUCUUUCGCAGUUGCAACAAGAUCGGGAUGUUGUUGCGCAACUAGAGUCGAUGCAAUACAUGGCCAUUCAAAAAGCCCAUCCGCUAAUAUCCACAAUAUUUGUGCGGACCUUGAUGGACAAACGCUAUUUUCACGGCAUUCGCACCGCAGCUGCUAAUGCGCUAGUAAAACACGCAAAGGAGGAGCUUGACUGGUUAGGUCUUUACCAUCUUGAACGGGCAUUUCAAGAACUAUUCUGUCUUCCGGGGACCCACGUCACUCGUGAUAAUGAUUUUUCUGACCAAGCAUCCUACAUACUUCAGAAAGCCAUCCCAGAAGCGAUAUCGCGUGUUCGUGAUAAUAAUGGAAACACGCCACUAAGGGUAAAACGUUUCAUCUUUGACAAGCUCAGAUUUAGCGACAAUUCAAAUAACGAGUACUCUGACAACUUUUACAUUGCUUCUCUCAUGACCUCGUUAGUCAAUGCUAUGGAAGGCCGUAAAGCAGAGGCGUCAUAUUCGAACGAGAUGGAAUUUGACAUGGAAAGAGAGCUCGAACGCCAAGCAGAGGAGAAACUUGAGCAGGAUGUCAUAACGGAAAUUGACAGAUAUAGGCGCAUGGACGAGUGGUCUAGUUCCUUUCAAAAUAUCUACUCACGGACAGCCUUACACUGCCAGUUGCAACUCACGAAAUCCAAGAUCAUGGAUCUUGAUUUAAUUCACUUUUUGCAAUAUACCCGAUCCGGAACAUUUGAUAUGCUGCGAGUGGAGGCAUUUGAGUGCCUGGUGGAGCUUGACCUCUUCAAGACACCUGAACUUCUCAAAUGGUUCAUCUUCAAUAUGUCUUCAGACACCUCGGCGUGGAUUCGUCACCGACUUCAGUGUCUGUUCGGUAGAGCGCUGGCCUCUGUUGCUUUUGGGAGCGGUGAGCCGAAAAACGAGCCUACACAAACCGAGAACUUGAUCAUUGAACAAGAAUCCACGACUGACGGACGCCGAGCGGACCUGGCCAGGAAACAGACAAUGUCUGGGGCUUUGGAGGCACUCAAACAGGAGUUGGCACAAAACCUCACGUUGAAGGAAGCCCUAUGGGCUGCUAGCAAUUCUACGUGUAUAGGUACUUCGGAGAUGUCUAAUUUUGCUGACCUAUGCCGGAUUCUGUAUGAUGCGAAAACUUCCGUGCCCGUGAGGUUGAAGUACCCUCGGUACUGGAAAUGCCAGCGCAUGGGAGGUGGUCUGAUGCGGUUCUACAAAUCCGAGAGAUUCCGUGUAUCACUAACUCCCCCCAAAGAUGCCACCGGAGCUACCGCUGCAGUUGUAGGCGCAAAGCGGAAGCGUGAAGAACAGUCCAUGCCACCCCCUGGUCCUCGAAUCACAUUCAAACAAUCCAAAUCCAGCCUAGAAACCCAUAAAAAUAUCAACAACAUCCCCCCAACACCCGUUGCUGCUGCUGCUCCUCCUCCUCCAGCUCCAGCUCCUACUCCUCAACCCGAACAACAACGCAAACUGACCAAACUACGCAUUCCAAACUUCAUGGCCAGGUCUCCUGCUCCAGUCACACAAUCCCCCUCCACGACUCCAUCCACGCCAGGCGGAUUCAAACUAAAACUCAAGUUUGGCGCUCAAAAAUAA